CUAAAAAAAGAGAAAAUAAAAAAAAUGCUUAUAAUUUUUAGCCAUGCAAGUUGUCGGAGGCUGCCUAAUCACUUAUCUGCUUUUAUUAAUAAUAAGCGCCUUAUUAAUGGUUUACGGCAUAAAAGAAGGUGUACGUGGAUGGUUAUUGCCGUGGCUUCUCGGAUGGUUUCUCGUUUGUUUGUUCCAGUUAGUCUUCGGACUGUGGCUUUUAGGCGGUUAUUAUAUUUAUUUGGACUCCGUAUUCGCGACAUUGUGCAAUUGGCUCUGGAUGUCUUAUAACAUAUAUUGUUGGCUGGUUGUUUUAUCAAUGUACAAAAUAUUUGCAAAACUGCAGUCUCCCAACAUAGAACUUUUGUGGCCUUAAAGGAAAGUACAAUAUACGAAAGCGAGAUACAUAUAUAUUAAUAGUCACCAAGAAGAAUGUGUGAGAGAUAGAAUCUCCAUUCAGAUUUAUUUAAAAAAAUCUACGUGAAAGAAACAUAUAAAUUUAUUAAGUUGACAUGAAGUUAUCUUUAAAUAAUAUAAUUUAUACUUGAAAAGUUUCCGCAAUAGUUGUCUAAAAGACAAAAUUUGCCUUUUCAUCAAUUCUCAUAUAUUUUUACAAUCUUCCUUAUAUAUAUAUAAUUUAUAUAACAUACAUACUUUUGAUAUACAUAUUAUUUAAUAAUACAUGUAUUUUUAAUAACGCUUUUAAAAAUCGCAAUAGUUGUUUUAAGCUGCGUUAAACGUAAUUAUGUAAUUACGUAUUAACACGCUUACGUUUGUUACGUUUAGAUAAAUUCAUAUUAACAUUAAUCAUGUCAUAGCGCUUUUCUACUUAAGUUUUAUUAAUUAAGUUUUAAUCUACUUUAAAUGGUAAUAAUGUACAAUUAUUUGUCGAUGAAAAAGGAUAAGAGA